AUGGUUCUCGGGCUGGCGUCAGCUGAAUGUUUCCAGCAGCAUUUCACAGCCGACACCUUCUGCUGGCACACACCCUGCACAGGCUGCAAGGGUGCACCAUGCACCCAGAUGGAGAGGGGUGAAAACCCCAGCAGCGCAGGGAGCAGGAGCUCCUAUGGGGAUGAGCAUGGAGUGGAGGGCGGGAGAACUGCUGCAGUGCCAAGCUUUGCGCUGGAACAGACAUUCCUGCAAAAAUGUGUGGACUGUGCAUUUAACAGUAAUAGUUCCACCCAAAAGGGAGAUGAUGAUUAUGAAGAUUACACUUCAAAUAAGACUUGGGUUUUGACUCCCAAAGUCCAUGAGAGUGAUGUGACUCUUAUUUUAAAUGGCUUGCUGGAAGGAUACGACAACAAAUUGAGACCUGACAUAGGAGUUAAACCGACAAUAAUUCACACUGACAUGUAUGUAAAUAGCAUCGGCCCUGUGAAUGCUAUCAAUAUGGAAUAUACAAUUGAUAUAUUUUUCGCCCAAACGUGGUAUGACAGACGUCUGAAGUUCAACAGCACCAUAAAAGUGCUCAGAUUAAACAGUAACAUGGUUGGGAAGAUCUGGAUACCAGACACAUUUUUCCGAAAUUCCAAGAAGGCUGAUGCUCAUUGGAUAACAACUCCUAACAGGAUGCUCAGGAUCUGGAAUGAUGGCAGAGUCUUGUACACAUUGAGGCUGACAAUUGAUGCUGAGUGUCAGCUACAGUUACACAACUUCCCAAUGGAUGUUCACUCUUGCCCACUGGAAUUUUCAAGCUAUGGCUACCCUAGAGAAGAGAUCAUUUACCAGUGGAAGCGCAGCUCGGUGGAGGUGGGGGACACCCGCUCCUGGAGGCUUUACCAGUUCGCCUUUACAGGACUAAGAAACACAACUGAGGUGGUGAAGACUACUUCAGGAGACUAUGUAGUCAUGUCUGUCUUCUUUAACCUGAGCAGGAGAAUGGGUUAUUUCACUAUUCAGACCUACAUUCCCUGCACACUUAUUGUUGUCCUGUCCUGGGUCUCUUUCUGGAUUAAUAAGGAUGCAGUUCCAGCCAGAACAUCACUGGGAAUUACAACUGUCCUGACAAUGACCACCCUGAGCACAAUUGCUCGUAAAUCUCUUCCCAAGGUCUCCUAUGUGACAGCAAUGGAUCUCUUUGUGUCAGUCUGCUUUAUUUUUGUGUUCUCUGCACUGGUGGAAUAUGGAACUUUGCAUUACUUUGUCAGCAACAGAAAGCCAAGCAAGGAUAAAGACAAAAAGAAGAAAAACCCAGUAUGUAUCUUUCUACCAGCACCUACUAUUGACAUCCGCCCCCGAUCAGCUACUAUUCAAAUGAACAAUGCUACUCACCUCCAAGAAAGGGAUGAAGAAUAUGGGUAUGAGUGUCUUGAUGGCAAGGACUGUGCCAGUUUUUUUUGCUGCUUUGAGGAUUGCCGGACGGGAGCGUGGAGGCACGGCAGAAUACACAUCCGCAUUGCCAAAAUGGACUCCUAUGCCCGCAUCUUCUUCCCAACUGCCUUCUGCUUGUUUAACCUGGUGUAUUGGGUAUCAUAUCUGUACCUUUAAAAGCAGUAGGAAAUCAGUGAUAUGAGCCUUACUCACUGAAUUUCUUUGAGAGAUGGUUUCCUAAAUCCACUUGAAGUAUUUAUGAUGCGCUUUAUAGUGGUCUGAAUUCUUUAGUGCCAUAAUCCCGUAAAAAUCAGUCAUAUCAUUUGUCCAAAAAUUGCCAUCGGGUCAUUGUGAAUUACAUGUCCAUUCCACAUGCCAAAAUAAUUUAAAAAUAAAUCAUGCCAAUAGGUAAUAUACACCUAUACCUUCUGGAAUAGAUAGAAACAGGGCAGACAGGGCAAGGGGAGCACAGCAACAACAUAAUAGUUGACACUGUGAUUCCAAACAGGAGUGAGAGAGAGAAGAAUUCCCAGGUAAAGUGCUGUACAGUUUGUUAACACUGGCUAUAAUUAUGCUAUAGCUUUAUUCUCUGUGGGCUUUUCUUUUUGGAAGAGUCAUCUCUCACUUUGAAUAGGUAUUAUUAAGCUAGGAAAAUUAACUUCUACUCCCACCAAAAUGAAAACAGACCUUUCCCUUUGCCAUCCCUUUAAGAGCACAUGUACAAUGCUGUAAAUAUUUCAAUACCUUAUAGUACGUAAAGUCUAGUGCAUGCAUCUUUUGGGGGCCAAAAUAAAUGAAAAAAAGGUACCAUAAAGUUUUGUCUUUUAUUUUGUGUCUCUGGAUGUGCUAUUGUAAUUGAAAUGUGGACAAACCUAAUUUUCUUUUUUUUCUUGAAAAAUUGCCCCUCUCCUUCAUGCAUGGAAGAUCCAAGCAGACAGCACUGUCAUGCAAGAUAUUAGAGAAGCCUUAAGGAUUCAACUAAAUAACAUAUAGACAAAUCUGUAUGGCCAAUAUAAUAGCUCAUAAAGUGUAAUAUAUGUGUCCUCUGCAGUCGUAGACUUCAUUUCCCAUUGAUAAUGUUGCUAUAUUUCAACUGAAUCUCCAGUAAUUAUACAUUGCAAGAUCAGCUUCCAAAUUAAAUCCAUGUGCUUCUAUUGUUCUUUUCCUAUGUUGAGCUCCACUUUUGUCCUUACACAAGUGUUUGUGGGGGUCUUUUAUUCUUUAAUCUAGUACAGGAAAUAGCUUUUAUUCUAGACAGUUUUUUUACAUAAGAGCUUCAAGUUAAUUUCAAAACAUUAGUCCUUCUAUUGUAUAUACACACACACACACACACAAUUCUCUGCCCAUUCAUGUCUUUAAUCAGCAAUAGUUGUUGUCAGUGCUGCUUUCACUCAGUGAGUACCUUUAUUAGAACAAACCUUUACCAUGGCUAGCACAGGGUUUAUAGAUAGCCUUGAAAAUGGAAGGGAACAGAGUGUGUCCUGGCUACUAAAUCACACGUAUGAAGUUAUGUAAGUAUUUAAAACCUUCAGCCCACCUGGGUUAAUCUUGAAAACCACUGGUUUUCAGAACCUGUAUGAUGCUCAAUUAUGCAACCUUAAGCACAUGUAAAUAUGACUGACAGUUUUGGGGUUUUUUUUUUCAAUUGUCAAAGAUGCAAAAUGCCACCUCCAGAAAAGUGGGCUUGAGGCUUGAAAAGGGAGACCUAUAACUUAUCACUACAGAAUUAUUAUUAAUUUAAAUGGAGGAAAAGGAAAGUUUUCCAAUGUUUGUAUAGUUUUGGAAAUAAAAAUGUAUAAAAAAGGAAUAUCUCUUGAUCAUCAAUUGCUCCUAGUCCAAUGUAUUUGAAAACAUUUUAAUAAAGGAAUUGCACACACCUGUGGACUUUUUCAAUAAAACUGCUGCACUCAA